UCGCGGGGACAGCAAGCAGCAAGCGGCAAGCGGCAAGUGGCAAGCAGCAAGUAGAGCCGGCACAGCGCACACAUGGAGAACGAGUCGCUAACGCACGUGUCCUCCGACAUGAUGGCCCCGAUGGCCGAGUUCGACAAGUCGCCGCCGAGUCCGCCCGCGACGCCGCCGCUGUCCGCCCCCGACGACUUGCCGCCGCCCCCGGCGUCCGCCUCCGGCUCGGUGCACGGUUCGGUGUCCGCGGCCGCCACCGCCACCCCGGCCGCGACCGCCUCCAACGCCGCCUCCCUGGCCGGAUCCUCCACCGCCCCCACCACCGUCGCCGCCUCCCCCAAUGCUGUGCAGCAGCCGCCCCCGGAGAAACUGGAACUCGCCGCAGCCGAAAAGUGAGUGUCGCUGGCUCGAGUUCCUUGCUUGCUGCCUGGUGUGGUGAGUGCGUCGUGUCUGAUAUCUCCACAGUACCAUGACCAAUCAGUUUCGUUCUAAU